GAGCGAGUGCCUCUCUCGCCCCCUGCAGUGGCAGGCACAGGGCCCGGGUGGAUUGGCCCUGCCGAGGAGCCGUAGGCCGAGCGCAGAGGAGUCCACAGGCUGCGCCAGCAAGAUGGAGGCCGGAGUGAAGGAGUUCCUAGCCAAAGGAAAAGAAGACUUCCUGAAGAAAUGGGAGAACCCCUCCCAGGUCCGGUUUCCGUCUCACUUCAGCUGGGACCUGAAGGAUCUGCUCUGGAACCUGCUGCAGGUGGACCUCACCAAACGCUUUGGCAAUCUCAAGAAUGGGGUCAACGACAUUAAGAACCACAAAUGGUUUGCUACCACCAACUGGAUCGCCAUCUACCAGAGGAAGGUGUAUGCUCCCUUUGUACCAAAGUGCAAAGGCCCUGGCGACACGAGUAACUUCGACGACUAUGAGGAGGAGGAGAUCCGGGUCUCAACCACUGAGAAGUGCGGCAAGGAGUUUGCUGAGUUCUAGGACCAGCGGCCCCCCCAAAGAAGGGCGCGCGGGGAGCAGGUGGGGGCGGGGUUGGAUUUUGGUUUCAUAGAUAAAUUAUAUAUAUUAUAAAUACAUGAGCGCUGUCAGGAGCGGAGAGGGGGAGCCCUGUGGCUAGGCCUCCCCCCAAACCCUCCCUUUUCUACAAAGAAGCUUGAGAGUCCCAUCUAGAGGGUGAGGAUAUCAUCCGCCCCGCCCUGGGAAACACGUCUGUGUCCUCCAACAACACUUGUUUCACUGGAAAAAAACAAAACAACCCCCCACC